UUGAAUAAUUGAACGCAUCAAUUGUUAAUUUGGAAACCUUCAACUGAUAUGGAACUAUCGCCGAGUCGAGCGUACAAGCUAAACCCGUAAUAAACCGUAUUGGCGCAAAGAUUUUUAAAUCUUUUCAUCUCGCUCAUUAAACUCGAGCAAUAUAUACAAACUCUAUUAAGUCUUUACCAUGUGUUGUCUUGCCGCUUUUCUUUGAGAAAGGGUUAAAACUUGAUUUCCUUCUUCGAUUUGUUUCUCACGGAUAAUACUUAAUGUAAGUUGACGGCAUGUCAUUUGGAGGAAGAUUACAAUUAUGUAUGAGACAACUGGUGAGUUAUAUAGGCACACCGAAAUGUUUAUUGUGAUCAUUGAACUACAAUUCAUUUCCAACAUGCGAUAGGCCUAAAUAUAUUUUCUAAAAUGCAGUUGAAUAGAUAAAAUACUUUCUUUUGUUGUUUGAUUUCAUUACGUGGUGUGAGAAGAGCGCUGAAUCACAUGUUGCAUUGGAAGCUUGGUCUUUGGAUCAUUUCCUGACAUCACUGAACAGGGAUAUAGCGGUCAUUAUGGAUAGCUACCAAAAUGUGUCAAAUGAAGCCCCCAUCGAGAACUACCCGGGAUUCGAAGGCGUGUUUUCCUUCAACUUCAGCGCUGCUCAUACGGUCAGCGUCGAAUCGGUCAUCUGUUGGAGUAUCAUCGCGACCACCAUCAUGAUCAUCGCCGGUGCCGGCAACAUCAUCGUCAUCUGGAUCGUCAUGACGAACCCGAGAAUGAGAACAGUGACGAAUUACUUCCUCCUGAACCUAGCCGUUGCGGACACCAUGAUCGCGACGAUCGAUAUGCCCUCCAUGUUCACUUACAUCGUUACGGACAACUGGCCGUUUGGACUCGUCGGCUGCAAGAUCGCCAAAUUUGUGGCGAACCUGUCCGCAGUGGCGAGUAUCCUAUCUCUGAUGGCUGUGACUGUUGACCGCUUCCGUGCCAUAGUCCACCCUCUCCUACCUCGGCUACCUAAACGGGUCAUUAUUGGAUCGGUCAUAUCUAUCUGGAUUGUUGCAGCAGCCUGGACAAGCCCCCGAUUCUUCUUUGCUGGUCAGUACAAGUUCAUAUAUUCGGAUGGAACAGAAAGGGUCCAUUGUUACAUCAUAUGGCCCCCAGAUGGCCAACCCUACGGAUCUUAUGACGUGGCGUGA